AUGGAGGAGACCAGCGUUGAAGGUUACAAAGUGAGCAGGUCGGAUGUCCGCCAUAAAUCAUCAUUGCACGAGAGGCAGAAGAAGCUGCAGUACAGCGAAAGGAUUGUCAAUGUUGACCGUGAUAACUGGUACUUUUGCUCACAGAGCCAAGAAGCAUCGGGAAGCCUCGAAACACUUUAUAUUCCCACACCUAAGACAUACGAUGAUGCGUCUGCUGAGUGUGCCCAGAGAGGUAGCAUUCUGGCGAAUAUCCAGAAUAGAUUUCAUGGAGAGUGUGCAAGAGAACUGCUUGGACCCCGAAACGGUCAGUGCAACAGUUCUUCCAGUGGUAACUGCACGACUUCCUCGUACUUCUGCAAAACCAAUACAUGCAAUGUGUGGGUUGCUCUUCAACGACCAUCUCCAUCCAAAACCUGGACAUGGAUGUUACCUGUUCCAAUCGCUGCAAAAAACGUUUCUUGGAUUACUGCACCACUACAAGAAGGUGGUGGACGGAACGAUUGCGGAUAUUAUUCCCCGGAGAAAGACAGUUUUGGAAUCGAAUCUUGCUCUAUGAAGCUAAGUUUCUAUUGCCAAAGAUAUACACCAAAAGUGCCCUCCGCCUUAGCUGCAAACUCUACAGACACGCAAAUCUACGCACAAAUAGUGCAGCCUGAGAUACUUCGAGAUUGGGUUUCUGAUUUCUGCUUUCUGUACGAGAAAAAUGGAACUUCGGCUACCCCGACUGUAGUGUGCGACAAAAAUGAAUCAACUGUUCUGUCAGGCCUGGCAACAAAUACUUUGUACCGGAUCAGAGCAUUCUUCAAAACUACGAUCGGACACAACAGCAGCAUGUCCUCUGAAAUCAUAAUUGGAACAUUGCCAAAAGCGCCAAAUCCGCCUCUCAACCCCGUCAUCUCAAGUACUACUAUCACAGUAUUUCUAGGUCGAUUAGAAGAAGGCAACCUUCCAAUACGCCAGUAUUGUUUGCAAGGGAUGCCUGCUAAUGCUCUGUCCGGGAAUAUGCCAUUGGUACCAGUAUGCAGCGCCUCGAAAAAUGUCAACUUACCUGGCCUAAAACCCAACAUGAGCUAUAAUGUCACCGCCUAUGUUAGCAAUGCCUAUGGAGACAGUGACCAGUCCAGCUCCACUCGCAUUACCACGUUGCCCACAGUGCCAUCAUCAACAACACCCCCCACCUCGGGCAAUGAAGCAAGCACCAGCGGGAUCAGUGUUGGAGGAUUCGUUGGCCUAGCCGUGGCAGGAGUCCUAACUGUAAUCCUGGCUGUAGCCAUUGCGGCCAACCGAAAAAGGAUUUCUCGCUGGUUCUCAUCGAAAGAUUUUACAGUUCCAGAAGGGAGGCCACAGGAAGCUGAUCCAAUUGAACUUAACCAGUACGAGGAUGUUCAACGCAAUGAUGAAGGAGAAGCCCACAGGCCGCAAGAUCACGAUGAACAGGCUGUUUCACAGGAGUGUUCCGACGCUGCAGUUGGUUCUCGUAUUAGAGACGAGAAACCUGCAGAAGCAGACACUGACGUGACAGGAACAGAACACAGCCACGACAAGGAGACAGAGGCGACAGCGGCAUCGGGAGCGAGUGCACUGGAGUAUACCUAUGCCACGCCUGAUAGUCGUAAAAGAGACGUGAACCAUGCAGAGUUGGACACAGACGCACAGGGAGCGGAACACAGCGACAACAGCAAGGAACCAGCGACAGAGUCCAAGAUUGGCUGUGAGAACGUGUUGGGCGAGUUUUCGUCACCGACUGAUGUUGAAACCAUUGAAAUCAAGUAUGCCGUUCUGGAUCGAUCCGAAAUGAAGCCAACUUCGCAGUUAACAAGAAACCAAGAUCCCAAGGAUGAAGAAGAGCGUGAGCAUACGUCAUAUGCGACAAUCUGCAACCCCACCUAUGAUGUUGUAGGAGAUCCCCCAUCAAACACUGCUGACGGAAUCAAAGCCGAACACAUCUAUGAUGCCCCCGACAACCAUGGUGUUGUUCGUGACAGAAAGCAAGGUUGACGUAUCACUGCUUUCGACAUGAUUUCGAGUCACGACCAUUAGUUCAUUUCCACCAGUGAUCAACUCACUUGCAUGUUUCAAUCUCCCCCUACCACCACUCUCUUUUUUCUCUUUAUUUUCUCCCCAACCAUCCUUCCCUGUAACGUAAUGACAUCUUUGCUGCCUUACAAUUGAGCAUUUGUGCUGGUUUGGAUUAGCGAAUUCAAAUAAAGUAUAAAAACCGACAAACAAACGACUAUUGCCCCCCCCCCACCACGCCCCAAUCACUGAAUGACGUGUAUAUCUACCCCGUGCAGCGGUAUACAUUUUAUGGAGUAAACCUCUAUUCAUGUCUUAUUAUAGAAUGAUGAAGUUUUUCUGGAAUGGCAAAUCAAAGCGAGUUGUUGUACCUGUAAUCAGUUCUUUCCCACAACCAAGUAAAGAUUCAAAAACACUGUUUAGGUGCCUUGCAUUGUUCAUACUUAGAUUGAAUAUAAACUUUUCAUUAUUGCUAGUUUUGUUUAUCAGUUUAUCAGUUCACAGCCUUAACCAGAAGAUAGGUCUAGCUUUUGUCAGGGUGUGUGACAUGAUGCUUGCAGAUGAUCAUGUUUUAGCAGCACAGGAUUCUCUUUGUUCUCUAAUGAUAGAAACCGAUCUGUUCCCGAAGCUUAGCCAUACACAUGUCAGGUACUUGGCCUGGCAGUUUGUUGUAACCUCUUUUUUGGUGAGCUUUCUCUGUAUGCUACUGAGGCUCGGACUGUUGAUCGGAUUAGCAUGUUUGCACUGCUCUGGACCACAUGCCAUGUCGCUUUGUUCAAACUCUCGUGCUUUAUAAUACUGUAGAAGAAAUACUGCCUCUCGCAGCUUCAUUACACAUAAAACAAUUGCUGAUAAGCAUCUCACCUAAACUCAACCCAGUAGUUAUUUCAGCUCAUCAUUUUCGAUUUGUUUUCGCUAUAUAGUCUGUUUACAAAUUAUUAAUAGCCUU